AUGGAGAUGGACUUAGCCGGCGAGAAGAGGUUGCUACAACUCAACGAGCUUGAUGAAUUCUGGUUGUAUGCAUAUGAAAACGCUAAAUUAUAUAAAGAAAAGACCAAGAGGUGGCAUGAUAAGCAUAUUCAACAUCGCGAGUUUGAGCCAGGUCAGGAAGUUCUCUUGUUCAAUUCAAGGCUAAAGCUUUUUCCCGGGAAGCUUAAGUCUCGAUGGUCGGGUCCUUUUGAAGUGGUUAGUGUGAAACCUCAUGGAGUAGUGGAAUUGCAUGAUAUGAGCUCCAAUGCAACAUUCUUGGUAAAUGGGAAGAGAGUAAAAUAUUAUUGGGGUGGUGACAUUACAUAUCGCAAGACUUAG